ACCAGGACAACUAGAUGAGCCCCAGAGACAGAUCCACAGUCCUAGACGGCCACCGAGACAAGAUUACAGGACACAGAUGAUUCUUCUGCACAAUCUGAGGAGAACUGGCACCCCAACUGUGCCUGGUUUCUACAAAGGUUUUUUCUUCGUUCUUUCACCAAUGGAGUUUUGGUACCAUGUCGCUGUUGUCUCUGGCUUGCUUAGCUGGGGACACUUAAUUUCCAGCGAUUUCAUCGACUUGAUUGCACAGAUAUCAUUUAAACUGAAAUGAGCUGGAUGACGACAUCAUGGAAUUCAAUGAUGAACUGCUUUUUUGCAUUAUUGAGACACUAUUUUCCAAUUUUAUGCUGUUCAGUUUAGUGCUGCACGAUUAAUCGUAUCGUAAUCGCAAUCGCGAUGUCAGCCUGUGCGAUUAUAUGACGGGAAAUGUUGCGAUUAUAUUAAAUAAAUAAGUGUGUGGACUUAAACACACAUUUUCUGAGAACAGUUUGCCGAUUUUUCGUGCCGCUAACAAAACAAACAAAAAAAGAUGAAAAAAAAAAAAAGAUCUGACAGUCUAUCAGUAUAAGCAAGUGCACGUGUGGCGUGCGUGUUCACUUUUGUGAGCAGCGCUGAGAGACCAGAACGAAGAUGGAUGCCGAGGAGACUGAUCUGGUAGCCAAAAAAAACUCUACCUCUGUUAUAUGGCGAUAUUUCGGAUUUGAGAUUACUGACACUGAGCAGAGAGAUGUACUGUGCAAGAUUUGCAAAAUUAAAGUCGCUACAUCACGUGGCAAUACGACAAAUUUAUAUCAGCACCUGAAACAGCACAGAGAAAAAUAUGAUGAAUGCAUGACGAUGAAAACCCAGAUUAGUAAAGAGACAGGUGAAGGAAACAAGGCACAAGCUGUUCCCCGAACAAAACAAUGCGCAAUUACAGAUGUGUUUGCAAGUCUCACGCCAUAUGAUAAGUCUUCGCAUAGACAUAAAGAAAUCACCGACUCCAUAACCCACUACUUGGCAAAAGACAUGACGCCCAUACACACCGUAAGUAAAGUGGGAUUUCAGAAAAUGAUCCGCACACUGGACAAGAGGUACCAGCUGCCCUCUCGAAACUAUUUCUCUCAAGUAGCGAUACCUAAACUUUAUAACUCGCGCCGUGACGAAGUUCAAAAGGAAAUGGCUUCGGUGACGUUCUUUUCAACCACUACGGACCUGUGGUCAAGCAGGACAAGUGAACCGUAUAUUAGCUUGACUGUGCACUUUGUCAACGAGGAGUUUGAAUUGAAAAGCCGCUGCCUUCAAACAUCGUAUUUCCCCGCCGACCACACAGGAGAGAACAUAGCCUUUGGCUUGAGAGAGGCACUGGCUGCGUGGGACCUCUGUGAGGAGCGUCAGGUCGCCAUCACUACAGACAACGGCACCAACAUUGUCAAAGCAGUGGAGCUUAAUCAAUGGACUAGAAUCCAGUGUUUUGGGCAUAGACUUCAUUUGGCCAUUGAAAAUGCUCUGAAAGAUAAUGCACAAUGCAUUAACAGAGCUACUGGGAUAUGCAGGAAGAUUGUGGGCCACUUCUCCCAUAGUUGGAAGAAAAGAGUGGCCUUGAAGGAAGCACAACAAGAGCUGAACCUCCCAGAGCAUGCCAUGGUGACAGACUGCUCAACACGAUGGGGUUCCACUCAGAAAAUGAUAGCAAGAGUCCUGGAGCAGCAAAGUGCGUUGUCCAAGGUUCUCUCUACAGACCGCAAAGUGCGACACCUACUCCCUUCAUGGCAGGACCUGGAGGUCUUGGAAUCUGUAAACAAGGCACUAAGCCCACUCCAGGACUUUACAGAUGCCUUAUCUGGUGAGAGUUAUGUGAGCAUAUCUUGUGUGAAACCUGCUCUGCAUCUUCUGAACACCUCAGUGCUGGCUGAAGUCGAAGCAGACACUGAACUGACCAAAUCACUGAAAACAAAAAUCCUUCGCUACCUCAACAACAAAUAUGAAGGCACACAGGACUUGCUAAACUUCACCACUUUCCUAGACCCAAGGUUCAGAACUCAAUACAUCUGUGAAGAGGAGACCCAGACCUUGAAGGAACGAGCCAUCUCUGAAUUGAUAGAAAUUCACCAGCAGCAGUCUGUUGCCCAAAGCACUGCAGUGAUGGAGAAUGAUAGCCUGGAUGUGGAAAGUCCACCUGCUGCUAAAGCCAAGAAGAAAACUCUGGCCAGUUUCUUCAAGGAAACCACAUGCACAGCACCAAGAACAUCAUUGUCAUCCACAUUUGAUUCCAUGGCACAGUUUAGAGAAGCAGUGACCGCUGAACUCAAUGCUUACAUUUACAUGCCAUGUGUAGACCAUGGAGAAGAUCCACUGAAAUGGUGGAAGUUUCACAAAGUAAACUUCCCUAGGCUAUGCAAACUAGCACAGAAAUAUCUGGGCAUACAAGCAACAAGCUCUGCAUCAGAGAGAGCUUUUAGCACUAGUGGUAAUGUUGUGUCGAAUCAUCGCUCCUGUCUGAAACCAGAGAAAGUAGACAUGCUUGUCUUUUUGGCAAAGAACCUCUAAUGUGAUCAGUUUAACUGUUUAGAAAGAGGAUUUAAAAGUACCAGUUGGUCAUUUAAAAAAAAAAAAAUAAGAUUUAGUGGUUUGACUUUGAACAACAAUUGUAUAUGCAGUUGUUGUUUUUUUUUAUUUUCAGUAUGUUACCUCCUGCGUAAAUGUCCCUGUUUGUAUGGACAAAAUGUUUAAAAUAUCUUAUUUUUGUGAAAAUGUGUAUGUUUUUAUUUAUUGUUUUAUUUAAUUUAGCUAUAUAUUUGAGAAAAUAAGUUUACAUUAAUAAGAAUGUUAUUUCAUUUUCUAAAAAUUAUUUAUUUUGAAACCAUUUCUAGUUUUACAAAUACACAUUUCAGCAUUAUUACUAAUCUGUGUGUGCAUUUUCCUUAAAAACCCAUCAAGUUGACUCACGAUACCAUUUAUUAUAAUCGCAAUCGCAUAUCGCAAUAUUGACCUCAAUAAUCGCAAUAUGACAAUUUUCCCAAAUCGUGCAGCCCUAGUUCAGUUGCUUUGACACAAUCUAUUGGCAAUUGACUAUUUGAGACUGCUAUCAGAAUUAUAACAGAAAUUCCGCACUUUGUUUAAUUCAGAGGACACAACCAGUCUCAUUUUAUUAGACUUAUUUCAUUUAGUAAUAGUUUUAUGUACUACUAAAUUAAAAUAGAAGAAAUCUAUAAAAUUUAAGUGCUGUGUUCCAGAAAUUCUGGAAGGUUAUUACAAUUGAAAGAGCCAGACACAGUAACUUGCUGGGUUUCUAUUUUUGCAGUGUUAUCAUCAAAAACUCAUUGGACCAAUUAUACAAAGAAAAAGUGUGCAUAAAAAGGAUCCUUUGUGGAGGACUGUCACAGAAGUAUUAAAAUAUCAGGUAUGUUCUCUUAGUUGUAUGUGCUUCAGUUAUGCAUACAUUACAAAAUAAUACACAAGCGAAAAUAAUUCGACAAACAGUUCUCACACAGCAUUUUGGCUUUAAAUGUGAAAAUAUACUACACCUCUUGCAAUGCGACGCAAGGCGCAGCGCAAGUGUGUUUGCUUGUUUCAGUCCAGCGCCGUUCGCAUUUUCCCGUCCAGCGUCACGUUGUUUAAUUAGCAAAUGCAUUUGCGCUCAUUUUUGUGCUCAUGGGCACGCUGGUCUAAAAAAGAGGUGUGUUCAGGCGCAUUGCUGGUGCAAUGCAAUUUAAGGAGCUGAAAAUAGACUGCGCCAUAGACCAACUCAGACCUGGUCUAAAGACUGGCGCAAUGUUUUUUCUUUGUUAUUUAAAGAGUUUAAAUGCUGCCAUGCACUUUACACGUUUUGUUUAGAUCUUUACAAUAGGGCCCACAAAUUGCAUACUGAAAGAAUCUUGUCACGUUACACCUAGUUAGGACAAAGUGUGACUGUGAACCAUUGAUUUAUUUGCAUGAAGAACAGACAGCUUGUAUACUGAUGUUUCAGCAAAGCUCAGUUCGAUUCAGAGUGCUCUACUGGAUUGAUCACUAUGCCUUCAAUCUGUUAUCAUCCAAUCUUGUAACUUUCAUGCUAAGGGCAGAACCAUGCAUCAUUCAUUUUUCAUUUCAUUUCUACAUGGCUCCUUGCAAUACAACUCUGAUGCUGUGGUCUGUUAUUGAUACAACCACAACUGCUACAACGGAUAACGGACACUCAAAUGGGUACUGCAAGUCAUGUUGAGGUAAUAAAAAUAUGUCAAAUUAAUAUUUUGUGCUCUAUUUACUGAUCAGACAAGUGACUGCAUGAUAAGCAGCGAAGUGAUAAGCAUUGAAGUGACUGGGACAUUCACUAAAAUUAAACUGAAUCUAUUGUUCUCUGAUGUCGGGAUCCUUUGGCAGCGUUUAGAAACAUGUUUUUCCACAGCCAGGAAUGGCACAUCGUCUGACUGGUAUCCCAAACUGUCAAACAUACACAACUGUUAGCCGAUCAUACCAGUGGGUGUUUACUUCCGGAUCUAUCUGUCACACCUAUUCAAAUAGCGCAUUCUGAGACAGGGAGGUGGGGGAGGGGUCGGGAGUGGGAGACAGAAUUUGAGGUUGAAACAGGACAGAAAAUAACCUAUUACUUCGGAAAUUUGAUGAUAUUUGAUGUAAAAAUCCUGAUAACAUAAGUGGACCUCAGAGAACAGUCCAAAAUAAUAAUAAAAAAAGGAAGUUCAUGACCCUUUUAAAAGAAAAUCAAACAAAAAGUAUCUUGAUAUAGUGUUAGUCCACCACAUACCACAAGAGCAGCUUCAGUGCACCUUGGCAUUGAUUCUACAAGUCAACUGGAUGGAUUGAACACCAUGUUCCCAAAAGAUAUUUCAUAAUUUUGUGUUGAUGGUUCCACACUGGAUGAUGGUGGUGAAGCGUUCUCUCACACACGUUGGUCUAAUAAUCUCCCUCAGAUGUUCAUUUGGGUUGAGAAAACCGGCAGUGAUCCUUCCUGCUAAAGGAACAAGUGAACCCAAAUCAAGCCAGAAACUCAAAAUUGAAUCUCAAUUUUUAAAUCUCAGAAAUUAAAAAUCUCCCAUACAUGUUCAUUUGGGUAAAGAAAAACUGCACUGAUUUGCAGUGAAAGUAAAAAAAAAAAAAAAAAAGAAAGUUGUGACAUUUGCCAAGAAUG